AUGAAUGAUAACAACGGAUUGGCUGUUUCGAUUCUGCGCCAAACUCCACAUGAGACGAAUUUCCUGAAACUUGGACGAAUAAGAACAUGGUCUGAUCCAGCUUGGUGUGGACACUGCAAGAAGGCCAAGCCGGAAUUCACGGCCGCGGCUGACCAGCUUAAAGACGAACUGAAGGUUGCCUACAUUGCCGUUGAUUGCACCGACGACAAGAGCAAGGAAAUGUGCUCGACUUAUGGUGUAACGGGCUACCCAAUGUUGAAGUACUUUGUGUACGGCAAAGACCCUGUGCCUUAUAGUGGAGGGAGAGAGGAGAUUGACUUUGUGCGCUUCAUGAUGUUGCUGGUGAACCCCGACGCGGCGCCCCCUCUUCCCGAGCCGGUAGUGGAGGACUUCUUUGCAGAGCUGGACGGAGGGGAGAACGUCUUACAACUCACCGACAGCACCUUUGAUGAUGUCAUCAAUAAGGAAGAAUCAGUCUUGGUCAUGUUCUAUGCUCCUUGGUGUGGUCACUGCAAGAUGAUGAAGCCUGCCUUCUCGGAGGCUGCAACUCUCCUCAAGGAGGCAGAAACACCAGGCGUGCUUGCCGCAGUUGACGCAACUGCCAACAAGGCCCUGGCGGCUAAAUACGAGAUCCGAGGUUACCCACUAUUAAAAUAUUUUAAAAAUGGAGAAGCAAAUGAUUACGUGUCGGGACGGUCUACAGAAAACAUUGUGGACUUUAUGAACAAUCCAAGUGAAGCCGCCACGCCAAUCCCCCCUACUCCGGAACCCAAGUGGAGCGACGUGCCCAGCGCCGUCAACCAUCUCACUCAGGCAAACUUCAAGUCGUUUACGGAGACCAACCGGUACGUCUUGACGAUGUUCUACGCUCCGUGGUGCGGUCACUGCAAGGCCGCAAAGCCGGCGUUCCAGGACGCGGCCGAGGUUCUCAAAGACGAGGAAGGGAUGGAGCUGGCUGCUGUGGACUGUACUGUGGAAAGAGAUCUGUGCAGCGACUUCGAAGUCCAAGGGUUCCCUACUUUCAAACUUUUUACGGAGGGCUCCCCCACGGAAUACCAGGGCGGCCGGACGAAAAGCGAUUUUUACAACUUUAUGCAAAGCCUGAAAAGCGGAGCCGGGGACCAGCCAAAAGAAGAGCUCUGAUGACAGCUACCGGGCAAAGUGGUGUUCGUAGCAACCAUUUCGGUUUAUCAUUUUAUAUUAUUACAUACACGGUUUGGAGGUGGAGGGAAUUCUUUUUAUACCCAUUUACCC